UCAAUUCAUUAUUUAAUCGUGAGCUCAAUUUAAUGUUAAAUUUUUAAUUUUUUGAAUUUAAAUAGUUUUCCAAGGAAAGCUCCAAAGCUGUCCCAGAUUACUUAUAAUGGAUGAUGACAUAAUCGAUAUCCAUUGUGAUCCGAAAAAUCCGCGAGAAAUAAAAUUUGAAGACAUCACUACGGCCGACUUAUUGCUAAUGGACGAAGUGCUGAAGACGCCUUGCACGCGUGCUAUGAAUUGCAUAGAAUACGAUAUGGAUUUGAUUUUCAAAAAAGAAUUCCUGCAGCCCACGGGAAGUUUCCAGUCGCGAGGCGCACGGCAUGCGUUACGCUUGCUCUCCGAUGAAAAGAAGCGUCGCGGCGUCAUAACUGCAUCGACGGGAAAUCAUGCAUUGGCCAUCAGCUAUCAAGGGAAUGAACUAAAUAUACCAGUGACCGUUGUGGUGCCCACUAGUACAGCCGCUUCGAAAAUCGAAAAAUGUCGCUCAUAUAAAGCGCAUGUUAUAAUCGAGGGUCGUGAUAUUGGUGAGUCGAGGAUUGUUGCAUUGGUUUUGGCGAGAGAGCGUCGCUUGGAAUUCAUUAACGGCUCCGAUCAUACGCACAUAAUUGCCGCUAAUGGCACGAUUGCCUUUGAGAUAUUAAAACAAGUACCAAAAGUGGAUGCCAUUGUGGUGCCCGUUGGUGGUGGUGGUCUGCUAGCUGGCAUAGCUAAAGCAUUAAAGACCGUCUCACCACAGACACAAGUCAUAGGCGUCGAGUUAGAGAAGUGUCCCAGCUUUCAGCGUGCUAUGGCAAAUGAGUCGCCUGUUUAUACGCCACCGAAUAGCUCGUUAGCUGAGGGCUUACUGGUGCCAAAAGUUGGCUACAACGCCUUCGCCACGGCAGCUGUGUUGCUCGAUAAAUUGGUGGUGGUGCGUGAAGCUUGGGUGGCAUUAGCUAUGCUGCGACUGCUGUUGGAAGAGGAGUGUGUUGUUGAGGGCGCUGGCGCAGUGGGUUUGGCUGCCGUACUAUCGGGUCAGUUGAAUGAGUUCAAGAAGAAAAGAGUUGUCGUACUACUCAGUGGUAGCAAUACGGAUGCCGUUGCUUAUGGUCGCGCCCUGGAACGUGGUAUGGCUGUCGAACGUCGCCUAUUAAGCGAAGAUCACGAUGUUUGCGGUGCCAUAACACUUUUCGAAAAACUUGAAAAACUCGAUUUAAAUGUGCAUCAAAUCAUGUCCGAAUGCGUAUGGCUGCCAUCUGCUUAUAAAAUGGAAAUGGAGCAACGUAAAAAGGGUACUUGCCAACUGCUCUCAUUCUCCGCACUGAAAACCCAGACAGAAGAAGUUGUAAAAGAGGAAAAAGAACUCCAAGACCCAAGAACUUCCAAGAUUCAAGAAAGAAACCACAUGGAGACAGUUAGAGACAAUCAAAAAGCAACACCAAAAAACGUACAGGACGUUGGCGCUAUAGAGGAAACACCGAAACCCGUGCAUGUCGCUAUGAAACCGAAAAAAUUUCUGGCGCUAAAUAGAAAGCUUACAGCGAAAAAGCGCAGCAAGUAGAGAAGUUUUCGAACAAUCAAGAAUACCGUUAACUGCAUUUUAUAUAAUUUUUAAAACAAGUGAACAAAUUGUUUUCUUCAAAGAAAAUAUUUCAAUAAAUCAUUCAUUCUUCUUCAUCUUGA